AUGAUGAUUGAGAAGAAAAUGCAUCGUUUCGUUUUAAUUAUUUUCAUAAGUGCUUCUCUAGCAACUGAAAUGAAUUAUGAAGCAUGUAAAGGAACAUCUCAAUAUGAUCGAUGCUCAACAAAUAGUGCUUGUGGCUGUUUCCAUCGAAUCAAUACUAAUGAAAGUAGCAUUUGUGGCUUUCUUUGGACAUCAUGCUCUCAACUUGAACCAUGUCGUCCUUCGGAUAACACAUGUGAUCAAAAAGAUUCAAUUUGCGUCCAUCAUCGCCGAUGUCACAAUCAUCCUGUUUGUUAUCCAUUGUCAAUGAUGAAUAAGCAAAUAUGUCCAUCAAUCACAACAACCACAAUAAGUACACCUGUUCGAGAACCAAAAUGGUCAUUUACAAAGAAUCGAAACGUCACACGAUUCGAAAAUACAGCAUCUGUCUUAUCCGAUGGAAAAGUAUUAGUUGUCGGUGGAUAUGGUCGAUAUGGACAUGAAUGUUUCAAUACAGCAGAAUUGUACGAUCAUACGACAGGAAACUGGACAUUGGCUGCAUCUUUGAGUAUUGAACGAGUUUUUCAUACGGCUUCUGUUUUAGCUGAUGGAAAAGUAUUAGUUGUUGGUGGAUUAAACUGUAGGAAACGUGGAUGUGUUCAAAGUGCUGAAUUAUACGAUCCAAGAACAGAUACUUGGACAAGUACUGGUAGUUUGAACUAUCCACGAUGUCAUCAUGUAGCAACUGUUCUAAAAAAUGGAAAGGUUUUGGUAGUCGGUGGAAAUCCAGAAAAGAAACUCCUUCGUGAACCUGACGCUAAUAUUAGUAAAACAUGCGAAAUAUACGAUCCUAUAACAGGAAUGUGGACACUUACUGGUGAUAUGCAUAAUGGACGAGCAUUUGAACACCAAGCAUCUAUAUUACACGAUGGAAAGGUCUUGGUUACUGGUGACUCGACUACAAUAGAUUUCAAACAAGUUGCUGAAUUAUAUGAUCCAUUGACAGAAUCGUGGACAGUUACUGGGAAGACAAAUUAUAAUCGACAAUUCCAUACAGCGACUGUGUUGAACAACGGGAAAGUAUUAGUAGCCGGUGGAGUCGCAUAUAACCAAAGUACUGCUGAACUGUAUGAUCCAAAAACUGGAAAUUGGACGCUCACUGGUAGCAUGAAUGAUGGAAGAGGAGCACAUGGUGCAUCAUUAUUAACUAAUGGAAAAGUAUUAGUUGUUGGUGGAGACGAUCGUACUUCUAUGGGUCUUGAAAGUGCAGAAUUGUAUGAUCCUGUGACAGAAAGCUGGUCCCGGACUGCUCCUAUGCAACUCGGUAGAACUUUGGCUCAAACCUCUAUGUUAUUCGAUGGUAGUGUAUUAGUCACUAGUGAUCCAAAUGUGGAAUAUUUAACUGUUGGUACUGCGGAAAUCUAUUCAUACUGA